CCGGUUGUCAUAACGACCAGCAACAUGGCGGCAGAGGCGCCGAACUCCGGUGCUGAGGCGGUUUUACCGGAGAGUUCAGCGGCGGGAGGAGACGGCAGAGCACCGGCGGCUGGUGCCCGGGACAAGCCGGUGUGUCUGAUCGUGCUGGGCAUGGCGGGCUCCGGGAAAACCACCUUCGUCCAGCGGCUGACGGCUCACCUUCACACCCAGAAAUCUCCUCCGUACGUCAUCAACCUGGACCCUGCCGUCCACGAAGUCCCGUUCCCCGCUAACAUCGACAUCAGGGACACGGUGAACUAUAAGGAGGUGAUGAAGCAGUACGGACUUGGUCCUAACGGCGGCAUCGUCACGUCACUGAAUCUGUUUGCGACUCGCUUCGACCAGGUGAUGCAGUUCAUCGAGAAGAAGCAGCAGAAUCACCGGUUUGUUCUCAUCGAUACUCCGGGUCAGAUUGAAGUUUUCACCUGGUCGGCGUCAGGAACCAUCAUCACCGAGGCUCUGGCGUCGUCCUUCCCAUGUGUUGUGAUCUACGUCAUGGACACGUCUCGCAGCGUCAGUCCCGUGACCUUCAUGUCCAACAUGCUCUACGCCUGCAGUAUUCUCUACAAGACCAAGCUGCCGUUCAUCGUAGUCAUGAACAAGACCGAUAUAAUUGAUCACAGCUUCGCCGUGGAGUGGAUGCAGGACUUCGAGGUGUUCCAGGACGCUCUGAACCAGGAGACGUCGUACGUCAGCAACCUGACCCGGUCCAUGAGCCUGGUCCUGGACGAGUUCUACACCAACCUGAGGGUGGUGGGCGUGUCCGCGGUGACAGGAAGUGGGCUGGACCAGCUGUUUGCACAGGUGGAGGACGCCGCCGAGGAGUACGAGAGAGAUUACAGACCAGAAUAUGAACGACUGAGACAACAGCUGACGGAGGCUCAGAGCAGGAAGCAGCAGCAGCAGUUGGAUCGUCUGAGGAAGGACCUUGGAGCUGUGGAGAUGUCGUCCACGCCGUCCGCCGAGGAAGCCGACAUCGCUGGGCCUAGUGACCUCAUCAUGACACGUGGUAACCAAGACGACGGCGAGGAGGAGGAAGACAGCGACACGGACGACAUCGACCACACCGUCACGGAGGAGAGCAAAGAGGGCGACGCCUUCGGAAACUUCCUGAAGGAGAGGAAGGAAGUGGUUCAGGUCCGAAACAGGAAGUGUGCGAUGCCCCCCAACCCAUGACCUCUGACCUCAGCAGUAGGUGACCUGUGACCUCACUCACUCAGAGAAGCUGAUUGGCUGCUCUCCCCCUCAGAGAAAAACUUAUAUUUUUAUAUUUCAUGUAGACUUUUGUUUGUGAAGCACUGAGAGGAUUUAUGAUCCGGAAAAUAAAACUUUAGAUGGUUUCA